AUGAAUAAUUGGAAAAAAUUUACAUUUUUUGAUUUAGAACAAGUUAAACAAACAGAAAGUGAUGGGCAAUCAUUACAGAAAUUAUCAAUUACAUGUACAACUAGUGGUCGUGGUAGUUUAAUUAUUGGUGAUGCAGAGGGUUUUAUUAAUUUUGUAGAUAGAGAAUUUGGAAUUUCAUCAUUUCAAGCAUAUCAACAAUCAGUAACUUUUAUUUAUCAAUUAAAAGAAAGAAAUUUCCUUUCGUCCAUUGGUCAUGAUGAUACUGGUGCAGCAAUUUUAAAAAUUUGGAAUUUAGAUAAAACUGAUAAAAAUGAUAUACCAAUUUGUGUUAGAUCAAUUAGAUUGGAAAGAGCGAUUACUGUUACAUGUUUUACAUUAUUAGAAGAUUUAUCACAGAUUAUUAUUGGUUUAGCAAAUGGUGAAAUUAUUUUAAUUAGAGCAGAUAUUUUUAGAGAUAAAGUUAUUAAACAAAAAAUCAUUAAGGUUCCAAAGGAUUCACCAAUUACAGGUAUGGCAUUCUUCCCAACCAAAGUAACAGGUCCAUCACAAGGCCCAAUAUUGUUUGUAGUUUCAACUAGUCAUGUUUUAACCUACCACACUGCACAUAAAGAUCACGAAACUAUUAUUGAAGAGGAGGGUGGUGAAUUAGGAUCAUUUAUAAUGAGCGAUGAUGGCUCUCCAAUCAUUGCAAGAAAUGAUGCAAUUUAUUUCUAUAAUGCUGAUGGUAGAGGUCCAUGUUUUGGUUUUCAAGGUGUCAAAACAAAGGUAUUAUGGUUCCGUUCAUAUUUAGUGGUCGUUGGUUACGAGUCAAAUAACAAUGCAUUGUUUCCAGGUACAAUUGGUAAUGCUCCUGGAUUUAGUUCACCAGGUGGCAGUAUGGGUAGCAUGCAAACAAAGAACAAUGUUUUAAACAUCUACGACUUAAAGAAUAAAUAUAUUGGUUACACAGAUAAAUUUGAAACAAUUAAUCAUAUUUGCAGCGAAUGGGGUAGUAUUUUUAUAAUUUGCUCUGAUGGUAAAAUCUAUCAAUUGGAGGAGAAAGAUACACAGACCAAACUCGAAACCCUCUUCAAGAAACACUCAUAUCAAGUUGCAAUCGAUUUAGCAAAGUCUCAACAUUAUGAUAACAGUGCCAUUGCCGAUGUCUACAGAGAGUAUGGUGAUAGAUUGUAUGCCAAAGGAGAUUAUGAUGGAGCUAUUGCCCAAUAUCUUUGCACCAUCGGUCAGUUAGAACCAUCCUAUGUUAUUCGUAAAUUUUUAGAUGCACAAAGAAUCCACAACCUUACAUCCUAUAUUCAAGCACUUCAUGAAAAGAAUCUUGCUACAGCAAAUCACACUACUUUACUUUUAAAUUGUUACACCAAGCUCAAAGAUGUUAAAAAAUUGGAUCAUUUCAUUAUGACUGAUAAUGGCACAUUCGACGUUGAAACCGCUAUUAAAGUAUGUCGUCAAGGUAACUAUUUUGAACGUGCAUUGUUUUUAGCAUCCAAGCAUAAUAGACAUGAAUGGUAUCUCAAAAUUCUAUUGGAAGAUUUACACGAGUAUAGAAAAGCAUUAGAUUAUAUCCAAACAUUAGAAUGGGAAGAAGCAGAUAAAAAUUUAAAGAAAUAUGGUAAACAAUUAGUAUCAGAAAUUCCAGAAGAAACUACAGGCGUUUUAAUGAAACUUUGUACAAAUUACCAACCAGUUCAAGCAUUUGAUUCAUUGUCAAAUUUAAAAUUUGGAUUUGAUAACUUAAAAUUAAAUCAACAAACACAAACCCAACAACAUCCAAAUGGAAAUAAUUCUUAUAAUAAUAACAACAACAAUAAUAAUAAUUACAAUAAUCCAAACAAUUCAAAUAAUAUCAAUAAUUUAGAAAAAUCAUCACCAGAGGAGUUUAUUCAUAUUUUCGUUUCAAAGUCAGAAUGGUUAGUAAAGUUUUUAGAAUAUAUGGUACAACAAAAUAUAGAGUCACCAGCUGUAUACAAUACUUUAUUAGAACUUUAUUUAAGAGAGGAUCCAAAUUUAACAGCAGAAGAAAAAGUUAAAAGAGUAGAUAAAGCCUAUGAUUUCCUUACCAAUCCUAAAUCCAAAUUUGAUCAAGACCAAGCACUUAUUUUAGUUCAAGUUCACAAUUGGAAGAAGGGUGUAUUAUAUCUUUAUGAAAAAUUAGAACUCUUUAAUGAAAUUAUCGAAUAUCAUAUGGAGACUAAUGAUUAUGCAGGUUUAAUUAAAGCAUGUAAAAAGUAUGGUGUAAAAGAUCCAAACUUGUGGGUUAGAGCCUUAUCAUUCUUUUCGAUCACCAAACAAGAUUGUCAAGAGGAAAUUAAAGAGGUAUUGGCAAAUAUUGAUAAAGAAAAUUUAAUUCCACCAUUAUUAGUCAUUCAAAUUUUAUCUCAAAAUAAAAACACUACCCUCGAAGUUAUCAAAGACUACAUCUCUAGAAGACUAUUCCAAGAAACUCAACAAAUCGAUAAAGAUUACCAACAAAUUAGACAAUAUGCAGAGGAAACUGAAAAGAUGAGACACGAAAUUAACGAAUUAAGAACCAACUCCAAAAUUUUCCAACAAACUAAAUGUGUUGCAUGUCAAAGUCCUUUGGAUUUACCUUCAAUUCACUUUUUAUGUCAACAUUCUUUCCAUCAAAGAUGUCUUUCAGAAAACGAAAGAGAAUGUCCAGUUUGUGCUGGUCCAAAUAAAAGAAUUCAAGAUAUUAAAAAAUCACAAGCCGAAUCUGCUUCACAACACGAUCAAUUCUUUAAACAAUUAAGAUCAACAAAUGAUGGUUUUACAACUAUUUCAGAAUAUUUUGGAAAAGGUGUAUUAAAUUAA